CGGUAUCCCAGGUGAUGCGGGUGUGAUGAUCAAGGGUGAGGCCAUGCUCUCCGUACCAGAGUUUUACUCCAGGAGGAAGCAGUUUGUCGGGCAAUCCUCCACCCGGCUGGACCAAUGUGGAUUACGACUAGGAAUGUGGUAUUGGAAAGACGAAACAAAAACUCUGGAAUUUAAAAGUUUCACACCUGCAAUAGAACUCAAGGAGAAAGGCAAGAAAGGGAAGGCGGUUCACUUUGCUGAGAUGGACAGCGGAGCUUCAGAAAGGUUGACAGAUAAAAGGUUUGCCUCAAGGGAUGAGAAGGCGGCUAAGGCUUUGGAGAAACGAAGUCAGCAGGGCAAUGUCACGCUGGAUGACGUCAAGUUUGUUGCCCUGCUGUUCCUCCAGGACACUGAAAUGCAGCGGAUCUGCUCCUUCACCACGUUUAUGAGGAAUAAGAAUCUUGACAGCUUCCUCAUGGCGCUGUUGUACUAUCUGUCUCAUUACCUGCAGAGACUCUCCAUAGAGAAGAAUCCCCAAAGCCGCGUGGUGGGCCUGAUAGAGAAGAAAAAGAUAGAGCUGGUUAUGAACAAGUUAGAAGAUGCACAGAAGUACCUGGCUCAGAAGUACUGCAUCCUCGUGCUGGGCGUGGGCAUGGCGGACAAGCAUCACUUGAACUGUGGAAAGGAGAAAAUAUCAGAUACUCAAAAAGACUGGAAAUUCUUUGAGUCCUUUUACACCUUCUGUACCUGCAUAGCCUGGAUUGUCUUCCGACGUCAGUACUUGACAGAGAUUGAGGAAGAGGUAGGCAGACUUUUUCGGACCAAUAUGUUCAACAUUCCUCGAAGGAAGCAUGAAGACGAAGCAUUAGGAGGGGAGAAGAAGCGCAUGACGUUGGUACAGUUCAGGAGAAUGAUGGCAAAACGUCCAGCAAUUAAAAAGGCCAUGGACAUGCGCUCCCCAGUUUUGUCUACGUUGCUGCCAUCUCUCAGAGAAAAAGCCCAACAUAUCACAGAGAAAAAGUAUGUGGCAGGCAUCAAACUCCAUCCUCGAGAGGAGAGGAACAUAGCAGAUCUGGAAUCUGUGGCUAUGCCAAUAGUUGGCAUCUUGGGGGAGCCUCGAAAUCUGUUCAACCCGAAUACUCUCCUCCCCCUGGAAUCAGAAGAAAAUGCAAAACCAAGUGCGAGAAGUUCUUCCGUAGUAGAGAGAAAUAACACAAGGAUUCAGGACACACUGAAUUUGGUCAUGUCAAAACUAGCUUCGCAAAGCACCUGCCUUAAAUAAUCUAGUUGGUUCCAGUUCCUAACCUAGGUCUCUAUAUUUGAAGUAACUACUUCUCCAUAGCACUUACAGGAUUAAUAUUUAUUAACAUAAAAUAGCUGUUUAAACUGUCAAAGAUCUUUUGAAUCAAGUUCUGUUAAAAGUUAACCAUUUGAUUAAUAAAGAGUUUUGUAAAGCUCUUAAAAAGC